AAAAUGAAACCUUUGGAUUAAACUGGUAAAAUGACCCAAACCAUAGGGACUAAAAUGGCAUUUAACUCUAAAAUUUAAAAUCAAUCAAAGUCAAAUCAAACAUGGGUAUACUUUGAAAAAAAUAAUGUCAAAACGUGGUUGGUGAAGAAGGAAACUUUCACAUUGCAUUUUCCUACUAGUUUCCACGAACUCAUACUCUAGGAACAUUUUAUGGAGCCAAACAUGUGAAUGCAAGUGAAUGAUUGAAGAAACAAAUGGUGUUUUAUUGCCGAUGUUUCUCCUUCUUGUUAGAAGGAAAAGAAGAGACCGAACAUGAAACCAAAACUCAAACUAAAUCAACUGCUACCGAUACCUUUUAUACUGCUGGUUCGGAUUUCAAUCGGUCCGCAAGUAGUAUUCAUGCAAGGACGAGUUUGGCCGAUAAACCAAGCAAUCUGAGAGUUUUCACUCUCGCUGAGCUCAAUGAAGCUACCGAAAACUUUUGCAUUGAUAUGAAGAUCGGUGAAGGUGAUUUUGGGACUGUUUAUAAGGGCGUGAUCAAGAGUUUGGAUCAUGAGAUUCAUGUGGCUGUCAAGCUCGCCAAUAAAUCAUUGCAGGGGCACAGAUGGCGAGUAAAAGAGAUUAACGUUCUUGGGACGGUUGAGCAUCCAAAUCUUGUCAAACUAAUCGGUUACUGUGCAGAGGAUAACGAAAGGGAAGGCGGUACACAACUAUUUUUCGUAUAUGAAUAUAUGGCGAAUGGAAGCGUGAGAGAUCAUUUAUCUACAGAAUCAGAAACGCCUCUCUCGUGGAACACAAGACUGAGAGUGGCUCAAGAUGCUGCUCGUGUCUUGACAUAUUUACACGAAGAAAUGGAAUUUCAGAUGAUCUUCAAGAAUUUCAAAUCUUCUAACGUUCUUCUAGACGAUAAAUGGAAUACUAAACUUUCGGAUUUUGGUGUGCCUCAAAUAUUAGGCCCUGAUGGAAGAAGAGUCACUCAUAUCUCAACCAAGAUUGCAGGAUUUGUGCAGUAUGCACCUCCAGAGUACAUGUCUAUAGGGCAUUUCACAUCCAAGGGUGAUGUAUGGUGCUACGGGAUUUUCCUCUACGAACUUAUCACGGGUAGGCACCCAUUGGAACUCAUCACGGGUAGGAACGGAUCGGAUUGGGAAACAACGAACAAUACUUUAAACGAGCGGAUGCUUCUAGAAUGGGUGAAACCUUACUUAGAUCAAAAAGAUUCCACCAAAUCGUCGAUCCAAGACUCGACGGCAGUGGCGGAUCCAGGGGUGUUUUGGGGGUUCCCGGGAACCCCCUUAGUUUGAAAAAAAAAAUGAAAAAAAUAGUGGAAAUUUUGUAUGAUUUAAAAAAAAUAGUGAGAAUUAGUGAAAAUCUACCAAAAGGAACCUGGUGGGAAAAAUUCCUGGAUCCGCCACUGACGGUACUCACUCACUAAA